UCUUCUUCUUCUUCCUUUCUCUCUCUAGAAUCCAGCAGAGCGGCACAGUGAAGUCAUCCUACGACUGGUGAAGACUGAGGAAUCAAAGUAGGCGUUCGUCUCUCUGCUCUGGCGUGCAUCAACCCUAAAAAAACGAUUGAUUUUUGGGGGGGUGACGGAAAGGAGUCGAAUUUGAAGCUCACUCCAAUGGAAGGAGGACGAAAAGUGGUGGUCUCAACCCUGCAAUUCUCUUGCACCGACGACGUCUCCACCAACGUCUCCACUGGUGAGAGGUUGGUUAGAGCUGCUCAUGGGAAGGGUGCAAACAUCAUUCUCAUUCAGGAACUUUUCGAAGGAUACUACUUUUGUCAAGCACAGAGGGAAGAUUUCUUUCAGCGCGCAAAGCCUUACAAGGGUCACCCAACUAUUAUGAGGAUGCAGAAACUUGCGAAAGAGCUGGGUGUAGUGAUACCUGUCAGCUUCUUUGAAGAGGCAAAUAAUGCCCAUUACAACUCUAUAGCUAUGAUUGAUGCUGAUGGAAGUGAUCUUGGAUUGUAUAGAAAGUCGCACAUCCCCGAUGGACCAGGUUACCAAGAGAAGUUCUACUUCAAUCCAGGGGACACUGGCUUUAAGGUUUUCGAGACAAAAUUUGCCAAGAUUGGAGUUGCAAUUUGUUGGGACCAGUGGUUUCCUGAGGCAGCUCGAGCAAUGGUUUUGCAAGGGGCAGAAAUAUUGUUAUACCCAACUGCAAUUGGUUCUGAACCACAGGAUGAAGGACUUGAUUCUAGAGAACACUGGAAGAGAGUUAUGCAAGGGCAUGCUGGGGCUAAUCUGGUACCUCUGGUGGCUUCAAAUCGAAUAGGAAAAGAAGUAAUACAGACAGAGCAUGGAAAGAGUGAGAUCACAUUCUAUGGCAACUCUUUCAUAGCAGGACCAACGGGAGAAAUUGUGGCAAGCGCUAAUGACAAGGAGGAAGCUGUUCUUGUGGCGGAAUUUGAUCUGGCUACUAUAAAACGCAAGAGACACAGCUGGGGAAUAUUUCGAGAUCGACGCCCAGACCUAUACAAGGUGCUUCUCACCUUGGAUGGAAGCAAUCCUCAAAUGUGAUCGCACGGUGCCUCCUUGAUUCCUUGAGAUUAGGAUAAUCCUUCAGUUGUAGGAAGAAAACAACUGAAAAGAGAAGUAUGCUACUUUUGCGUGGAGAAUUGAAAGAGGGAUUGAAUAAUUGUAGACCGCUCUCCCGAAUGAUUUCCGGUGAAGAGGGGCUUGGCACUUUUCUCUUUGUCUCUCGACUGUAGGCUUCACAUGCUAAAGAUACACUAUUUACAGUGAGAUUGAGUGAUUAAUUGUGCUGCCCAACUUUUUGUUUGAGUCGUGUUUGUUUCUGACAAAAAUCUGAACGGAUUGCAUUCGGGUGCUCUAAUGCGUCAUGAGAGAAAUCGAUGUCAGAUGGCGUGUUGCUUAGCUGCUAGCUAGUCCUAAUGGUGGAUAUUUGCUGAGGAGGGGUCGUUCCAUUUGAAAGUCAAUUUCUUGUACACUGGGGAGUGACUAUUACUGGCUCA